AUGGAGAAGAAAACCUCUCCAGAGAUCUUCGCCGACGUCUCCCACCAUGAGAGGAAGGUCGCCCCUGAGGCUACGGGUGGGCACCGCAAACAUGCUGCUCUCAACAUCGUCGAGAACCCCCUGAAGCGGAGCACCCCAGAGGAGACCGUCGCCAAUGCGCGGGCUUUUGCCGAGUCGCAUGGGCUGGCCGAGCACGCCGCUCUGCUUGGGCGCGCUGCUCUCGUUGCGCGUGACCAAGAGAGGUUCGAGACGGUGGCCGAGCUUGACGACGAAGAGCGCGCUGCACUCAUCUACGAGAGAGACCACAAAUGGCACGGCCCUGCCAUGCUCUGGUACUCGAUCUCCUUGUGUGCCGUCGGAGCAGCCACGCAGGGAUGGGAUCAGACGGGAUCCAACGGCGCCAACCUGUCCUUCCCACAGGAAUUUGGCAUCGAUGGUCCUGGAAAAGACGAGUGGAUUGUCGGAAUCAUCAAUGCCAUCAUUUUCUUGACCGCCGGUCUUAUCGGUGCUUUCAUCGUCGACCCUCUCAACCACUACUUUGGACGAAGAGGCGAGAUCUUCAUCACUGCCUGCUGUCUCACCGCGACGCCCAUCGGAUCCGCCUUCGCGCAAUCAUGGCAAGGACUCUUCGCUGCCCGGUUCGUCAUGGGUAUCGGUAUCGGUGCAAAGAACGCAACGGUGCCCAUCUACUCUGCGGAGAUGGCGCCGGCUAGGAUUCGAGGUGCCCUGGUCAUGUUCUGGCAACUCUGGGUCGUGGCUGGUAUCUUCCUAGGUUUCUGUGCCAACGUCAUUGUCAAAGACACUGGUGCCAUAUCCUGGCGCCUGCAACUCGGUUCGGCCUUUAUCCCUUCGUUCAUCCUCAUGAUCGGCAUCUUCUUCUGUCCCGAGUCACCUCGUUGGCUCAUGAAGCACGGCAAGCACGUACAAGCCUUCAAAUCGAUGAAGCGCUUGCGAGCCCAUCCCAUCAUCGCCGCCAGGGACUACUACUACUCGUGGGUCAUCUACGAGGUGGAACUUCGAGAGGCCGCUGGUGAAGGCUAUUUCGGCCGUCUGUGGGACUGUUUCGCCGUGCCUCGAAUCAGGCGAGCCAACUAUGGUGCCUCGACCGUCAUGAUUGCCCAACAGAUGUGCGGCAUCAACAUCAUUUCCUUCUACAGCUCAACAAUCUUCGAAGACGUCGGCUACACGGCUACUCAGGCCUUGUAUGCGUCUCUGGGCUAUGGAGCCGUUCAAGUCGUUUCCACGAUCCCCACUCUGUUCCUCAUUGACACCAAAGGUCGAAGAACCUUGACUUUGGCAACCUUCCCACUCAUGUGCAUCUUCCUAUUGGCCGCUGGUCUGUCUCUUCUCAACACAUCGGGUAGCCGGGGCGAACAGAUUGGACCGGUUGUCUUAUUCGUCUACCUCUUCACCAUCUGCUACUCUCUGGGUGAAGGCCCUGUCGCUUUCCAAUACUCCGCCGAGGUGUUCCCUACCAUCCAGCGAGAGCAAGGAAUGGCUUGGGCCGUCUGCAUCAACAACACCUUCGCUGGUAUCCUCAGUUUGACCUUCCCUCGAAUGAAGACCGUCAUGACCCCCACGGGAGCUUUCGGGUUCUAUGCUGGACUCAACCUGAUCGCCUGGUUCAUGAUCUUCUGUUUCGUUCGAGAGACCAAGCAGCUCACCCUGGAAGAGCUGGACCAGGUCUUUUCGGUGCCCACGAAAAGUUUCAUCUCCUACGAGCUGCGGGUCUGGCUGCCUUACUUCAUCAAGCGACACAUCUUCCGACAGAACAUCUCCAAGCCGCCGGCGAUCAUCGAAAGGGCCAAGGAUUCCGAGGUUACCCUUGAAGGGUAA